GCGUGCGGCCCGCCCCUUUUCUCUCUGCUGGGGGGGAAUGGGGGCUGCCGCGCCCUGACCGACUUUGGAGUGAGGGGGAAGCGUUGAGGGAUCUUCCCUUCCCUCCACCCCAUCCCGUUCCCCUCCCUGCGGUCCCGCCCGGUAGGUGGGAGAAGAAGGAGGUCGGGUGAUGGGAAUGGAGGAGGGGAACGUUUGUGUCCUCAGGGCCCAGGCCGGUAGGCCGUGACGCAGUGCUGUUGUUGUCCCAGCCCACAGGUAGCCGGCCCGGCGACCUCCUCAGGGGUCAGAAGUCAUGGCAGGCGCCAUGCCAAGAGAGGCCCAGGCCGCGCCAACUGCGGCUUCUGCUGGCGGCGACGACCUGGACGCUGCCGAAGGCUCCUCCACUUAUGGCGAACAAGGCCUCAGCUUCACCACCACGGACCUCAACCUGGUGGAGAUGACGGAGAUCGAGUACACCCAGCUGCAGCACAUCCUCUAUUCCCACAUGGAGGCCCAGGCCAACGAAGGGGACCUGGAGUCCCGGCUGAAUAACGCCUUCGCGAGUAACGGCGGAUCGAGUCAGGCCCAUUACCAGCCCCCCAGUAACUCCAGUCAACCCACCUUCCCCGGGGGCCCUGGAAGCCAGUCGGUGUAUCCAGUGCUUUGCCAGUCGGGUCUGGCCCCCGAUGGUAAUUUUGUGGGCCCGAAUCAGUGCCUGGGACACGUCGAUUUUCAGGAGCUCAGGAUGAUGCUGCUCAGUGAAGCCAAUUUGCCGGUGACUGUUGCGAACCAGGGGGAGAAAACGCCCAACAGCAACUCUAUAGAGGCCAUCGGCCAUGGCGUUGUAAGAGUGAAACAUGGGGAAAACAUUGGUGGCUCAAAUAAGGAAAACGUAGCUGCCGAGAAUCUGGCUCCAGUGCCGGAAACAAGAUGUAAAUCCGGAGUUCGGGUUCGCUUGGAAGACAGAUUCAACAGCAUCCAGACAGAAAUACCCCGGUGCCAAGAAUCCCAGGAAUCUGGAGUUACUCUUAACAAUUUGGUAACCCUUAUUCGCCAUCCACCAGAACUGAUGAAUGUUCCUCUUCACCAGCAGCAGAACAAAUGUGCCACACUGGUGAAAAAUAAGACUGCAGCUGCCACUACUGCUUUGCAGUUUACAUAUCCAUUAUUUACCACAAGUGCCAGUUCUACUAGUGGAAAUGCUAGUAUUUCCCAAACACAGAGUUCUAGUAAUUCAUGUUCUAUACUUGAAACUGCCAAACAUCAGGAUGUUGGGUUGCCCAGGACAUUUUCAUUCUGUUAUCAGCAAGAAAUUGAAUCAACUAAACAGACCGUAGGUAGUAGAAACAAGACUUUACCUGAGCAGGUUUGGAUUAAAGUAGGAGAAGAAGCGUUAUGUAAACAAGCCAUAAAUAAAAGAAAUCGCAAUCGAAUGCGUCAGUUGGACACAAGUGUAGAACGGAGAGCUCUUGGUGAAAUUCAAAAUGUAGGAGAAAACCAGAGCAACACAACGCCCCAAGCUGUUUGGCAAUCUUCAGAGGCGACGCAAUCAAGUGUAGAAGAUCAAAGUCAAAGUGGACUACUUGGAGGGCGCUCUCAGCGCCGGGAGAGGCAUAACCGCAUGGAAAGAGACCGCAGGCGCAGAAUCCGGAUUUGUUGUGAUGAGUUGAAUCUUCUAGUUCCAUUCUGCAAUGCUGAGACAGAUAAAGCAACAACUUUACAGUGGACAACAGCAUUCCUGAAAUACAUUCAGGAAAAACAUGGGGAUUCCCUGAAAAAGGAAUUUGAGAAUGUGUUUUGUGGUAAAACAGGCCGAAGACUAAAGCUGACCAGACCAGACUCUUUGACAUGUGCAGUCCAGGAAAACCUACACCAUAGCCCAGAGAUGGAGAUAAAGUAGUCUGAACUGAGUACCUAGUAUUUUUAUAGAUGCAAAGAUGAUCCAUCUCUACUUUUCUCCAGUUUUGGAAUUCUACUGAUGGGCUACUUUAAUGUUGACACUUCAGUUUUUUAAAGGGAUUCCACAAUUGAUUUACUUGUAAAAUAUAUUUUGUAAGUAUAAGUUAUCUAAAACAUAUUUAUUUAUGCAUGUCCCUCUUAGACCUGUUGAGGAUGAGAGCCAGUGCAAAAGUAUCUUCACAGUUAGGACUUCCUCAAUUAUCUAUCAAAAUCCAAUUUUUUAACAUGUUGUAAAAUAUUCUAUCUAGAUUUGUGUUCUGUCUUGAACAAUACCUAAAUAUGCACUUUACAUUUGGAACAUUUAAAGUUAAAUUGUUCUUGAGUAUACCUUAAGUAAUUAGAUGAUAUUGAGUUGUUUACCUUUCCUAAGCUUAUAUUUUUAUCCAUUUGGUGCUGUUUGUGGAAUACAGUACUAUUUUAAAUAAACUUUUACCACCCAAAA